AUGUCCGACAUUCACAAGUUGGUGGCUCAGUACUUCCAACUCGUGGACCCGCAGCAUCUUGCUCUACCUGAUGGCGCAGUCCUCGUUCAACCCUCGGUGCAAACGGCGCUGUACGAACGCAUGUUCAACGAGAGCACAUUAUCUCCUCUGCCACCAGCUAACUACCGGGAACGAGUAUUGAAGUUGAUUCUCUCGCGGAUGGAGAAUUCCUUGAAAGAUCCAGAGGAAGAUGAGAUUCAAGACGAUCUCAUGAACAGCUGGAGCAGCCUCGUGGCGCAACCCAAGGCCUCGGCCCUGGAGCAGGCGCAAAAGCUCUCACACAUCAAAUACAUUGCCCCGACAUCAGCAGGAGAGCUCAACGACCCAGAGCGCAGCGUCAUUACCUCGGAAUCGCGCGGCCUGAUCCUCUCUGCCGGCACCACGGGGUUCCGCACCUGGGAGGCGGCGCUGCACCAAGCCUCGUUUCUGGCGUCGGCCGUCGGCGAGGCCCUCGUCCAUGGCAAGCGGGUGCUCGAGCUCGGCGCCGGGACUGGCCUUGUCUCGCUGUUCUGUGCGCGCUAUCUCGGCGUGCAGAGUGUCGUGGCUACUGAUCGUGAGCUGGCGCUGAUCGACAAUAUGCGCGCUUGUGUGUCGCUGAACCAGUCUGGAGCGUCUCUGCCCAUCUAUCCCGCUGUCUGGGAAUGGGGCACACCUUUGGACACGACGGGAGAUCUGGCCGAGCUUGUUUCAGAUGCAGGGCUGCAAUUUGAUGUGGCGCUCGGUGCUGACUUGGUCUAUGAUGCAGACCUUGUGCCAUUGCUGUUGAAGACAGUGCGUGAUCUCUUCGAGAACUACGGCGUCGAACAUUUUAUCAUCUCCGCAACCUUGCGCAACGAAGACACGUUUCGCACGUUUCUGACUGGAUGUGAAACCAACUCCUUCGCCGUCGACAUGCUUCCCUUCGAAUCCGCGCCCACAGAAGACCAGACGGGCUUUUUCCAUACUACCAGUAUCCCCAUCCGGACCUACUGCAUAUCGCGGUCCAUGUCAGGUGCCCAUUAG